AUGCGAAACUUGAGAAGGCAAAAUGGAGCAGCAGUACUAGCACCAACAACACUGUCAGCAGCCUUCCCUUUCACAUCUUAUAUUUUAUUUCUGCUGAGUGUUAAUUCUGUUUUUUCUUUGCCAAAUGGAGAUAAUUUUUACAAAACAAAUUUAACAGACACAACAAUAGAAAAUAUUCCAAAUUUUAAUACAAAAAAUGACAACUUUAGCCUUCAUCAAAAACAAUUGCCGCACAUACAAUUACCCUCAACGGUUGUUAAACAAGAAUUUGUCACAAAAGAUAAGAAAACGCUUCUAUCAGGAAUUAGAAUUGAGCCAAUGAAAUCUGGCGAACCAGACUUUAUUGGAUAUACUGACAAAGGACUGAGUAUUGUUGCCCCUGAUACGGAAGUUAGAGUUGUUCUUUUUGGAACGUUUUUGGAUGAAAUUGUUUUAGUUGGAUUUACACUUAGUCAGAACUGCUCAGAAACUGUGUUGAAUAUUGUCCAAGAAGAUUUUAGCAUUCAGACAGAUAGACGAAUUGUCAUUAUUUACAAAUUUUCUGAAUCCAAGUCCACGUAUAAACUUUGUCUUAAACAAAAGGCUGCUGAUGACGCUUUUGACCUUCCUUUCUAUUUGGUUGAUGAUCUUCGUUGUUCAGUUUCAACUGAUAUGCCACCUCGUCAGUACUAUUUUCCAAUGUUUGUUCAAAUUUCAAUUGUUGCUGCCUUGUUAGUGCUUUCUGGUCUUUUCUCUGGCUUAAACCUUGGAUUAAUGUCACUUACACCCCAAGAACUUACACUCAUUUCGAAUUCUGGCUCUUCGAAAGAAAGAAAAUAUGCCCAAAUGAUUUUGCCAGUCAGGAAAUCUGGCAAUCAAUUACUUUGCUCACUCCUAAUUGGAAAUGUUUGUGUAAAUUCAGCAAUUUCCAUUCUUUUUGAUGACCUUACAAGUGGAUAUGUGGCUUUGGCCAUUUCUUCGGCUGGCAUAGUUGUCUUUGGUGAGAUAUUCCCACAGGCUCUGUGUGUCAAGAAGGGACUUGCCGUUGGUGCUCACACAAUUUGGGUUACCAGAUUUUUUAUGGUGCUUACUUUUCCUUUGGCCUACCCAAUAAGUAAAGUGCUCGAUCAUUUAUUGGGCGAUGAAGUUGUUUCUUAUGAUAGAAAACGUCUUAUGGAAUUAAUUAAAUUGAGUACUAAAAAUGCAAUAGGUCCAGCCGAGGAGUUAAAAAUUGCAAUUGGUGCUUUUGAAAUGGGUGAUAAAACAGUGAAAGAUGUAAUGACAAAAAUUGAUGAUGUUUUUAUGAUUCCAAUUAAUACGGUUCUAAAUGCAAAGAUUGUUGCUCAAAUUGUCCAUUCCGGCUACACUAGAAUCCCUGUAUAUGAUAAUGCAAGAGACAAUGUUGUGUCACUUCUUUUCGUUAAAGAUCUUGCAAUGUUGGAUCCUGAUGAUAAUUUUUUGGUAAAAACAGUUUGUGAUUAUUAUCGACAUCCUGUUCGUCGUGUACCUGAAAAUACCCCUCUUAGAACAAUGCUUGAAGAAUUCAAAAAAGGUGAAUAUCACAUGGCUUUAGUUGACCGUUUAGCUCCUGGAGGAGAAAAAGAAUCAAAAUAUGAAUUAGUUGGUUUAGUUACGCUAGAAGAUAUUGUUGAAGAAAUUUUACAGGCUGAAAUUGUUGAUGAAACUGAUAUGGUCACAGAUAAUGUACACAGAACUAAAUUAAAGAAAAAUAAUCUUCAUUUUAUGCAUUUGUUCAAUGAUGAGGGAAGUGCUUGUCAAAUAUCUCUUCAAAUGCAAGUUGUUACAAUACAGUUUUUGGAGGGUAAUUUCAAAGCAUUCAGUCGAGAUCGAAUAGCCCAACCAAUAUUAGAGAGAGUUAUUCGUAAUCAUGUACAUAAAGUCGAAGUCUCUCACUUAACUGAUAUUAAUGAUGCUUUAACUUCUGCAUUACCUCGAAAGGCAAAAUUAUAUACUAAAAAACAGCUCUCUGAUAAAUUCAUUCUUAUUUUGGAGGGGCGAGCUGUAAUUACAAUUGGACAGAAUUCGAUGAAUUUUGAAGUUGGCCCAUGGCAAUAUUUUGGAACUGAAAUACUUACUCAAUUUGAUGAUUUAAUUCAAUCAAUCGAUCCACAACGACAAAGCAUUGAUUCUGUAGCUAAUAGCACAAAUAAUAUGCUAGGUCAAGUCAAAGCUGUGCCCAGUGCUAUUUCUGAACUUGACAAAGUAGAUAAUGCUGGAAAUCGUCCUUCUUUACCGGGUGUUCUCUCUGUUCUUUCAACAGGCAGUCAACAACAAUUUGUUGAUUCUACGUCACAAGAUGUUGCAAAAAGAAUAAAAUUUCUUCCAGACUUUUCACUCGUUAUAAGAAGUGAAUGUACAUAUUUGGAAAUUUCUUCACAAACAUAUUUGGCAAUGUAUAGAGGAACACUUAUGACUAGAAAUAGAGUUGAUGCUUCUGGUGCUAGUAUAGCAAUUGACGGUGUUCAACCAGAUGUUGUGUCUGUCACUGGACAGAAUCCUUCAAUUGCCAAUUUUUAUGUGCCUGUCUCUCCUCAGCAACAACAAAGUGGAAAUAUGGAAGAAAUUAAUGAUUUGGUUGAUAAUAAAUUAAAAGGAAAAAGAAAUGAAAAUGGAAUUAGACAAUUAUCUUUUGAAAUGAAUGAAUCUAAUAAUUAUUUGGAUAAAACUUUAACGCCUGGAAAUGGUGCUCAAGUUCAAGGAAAUGGAUGUAAAAGAAUGAAUGAAUACCGUCGACACCGUCGUACAAAUAGCGAUGCAACAGUAGGAUUGUUAUCAAACGGUUCAGAGGAUACUAAAGAAGGAGAAAAUGAUGAAACGCUUGUUGAAGAGGGAAAACAAAAAAUGACAGCCUAAAAAUAAGGUUAUCUAUUUCUAAAAAUGUUGCACCACUAAAUUCACGCCUACAUUUAUACCCAAAAAUAAUUAAAAAUAUAUAACA